AUGGUUUCUAGAAUUGAAAAGAGGUGGAAGGGUUGGGAGCAACCAAUUUUGUUGCUUUCCAUUAUUCUUCAUCCUUCUUAUAAAUUAUCAAAAUUUAGACCAACUAUAAACAAUUUAUCAUGGACACAUGUUGGUCAGUGGUUGAAGUAUUAUUAUCAUGCCUUUUGUGGAAAACCAGCAACUAGUAUUUUAGCAGAAUUGAUUGAUUAUAGAAGAGGGAAUGAUCCAUAUGAUUAUGAUUCUUUUUUGCAAUUUAAAGGAAAUGUUUUGAAUUUUUGGGAGUCAACAAUUGGAGUUGGGCCUGAAUUAGCAAAAGUGGCUAUUCGUAUUCACGCUGUUUGUGUAAAUUCAGCCUCAGUAGAACGAUUAUGGUCCUCAAUGGGAUAUUUUCAUACUAAUAGGAGAAACCAAUUAUCACAUAAUAAAGUCCUGGCAAUGAGUCAGAUUCGUAGUGACAUUUUGUACCAACAGGAUUUAUUUGUAAAUGAAAACCAUGAAACAAAUGAUGAUGAUUUUUUGGAGAAUAACAAUGAAUCAGUGAAUUCUAAUUCUGAUGAAAAUGUGAAUCAAUGGAAUAUAAUUGUUGCUCAUUGGAGAGAUGAAGCAAGUCAAGAAAACCAAUUAGAAAAUCAUAGUGAUGAAAGUUUACUUGAAGAAGAUUUGGAUAAUGAUUUUUUGGUGGGAGUAAAUAAUAUUCAUCCAGCAGAUAAUGUCAACUUAAAAUGGGAAUUGUCAUAUGAUAUAUUUAAAUGUCAACAAAUUAAAUCGAUUUGA